AUGGCGGAUCCCCACACGCGGCUGAGAGCCACGCUGGGUAGCCAGGACCCCCAGGAUACCGGACCCUAUAGAAGGACCACUUGGGGCGGAGAACUGCCUGGCAAGGAGCCGGUCUGGGCCCCAGGAUUUGGUGGAUUUGGCCCUGUGGGACCGGGGCGUGCUGACCCCCGGCAGACCGGUGGCUGGGGAGGCGUGCACCGACGCCGAGCAUGUGGCCGGAGAAGGGUGAGGCGUCAAAGGACUGGAGCUCCAACAGAGGUCAGCAGGAGUGUGGGAGGUGCAGUAUUAAAGCAAUUGUGCAGCUCAGGAGUAGCUGUACUGGAGGAAUCUGCUCCUUCUAAAAGCCAAAGGAACAUCUCCUCAAGAGCUGAUGGACUUGAGAAUGUUGAAUUUACCAUUCCCAAAGAAAUAAAGUGCACCCUUCCAAGAUUCCAAGAAAGUAAUCUGGUCAAGAAACCCAACCAGCUUGUUUUCAAAGUUAAUGAGGAAGUAUCAUUGUCCUGUCACAAAAACUUAUUUUUAAAUGGAGCAAAUCGUAUCCGUUGUACUUCUGAUGGCUGGGUUCCAACUUUACCAGUUUGUCAAAAGGAUACUCCUAAACCACAUGAAGUUGAUGAACAGCCUGGAAAAGCUGGAAAUCCUGAGCCUACACAACCUUCAGCUAAAAGUGCAACUCAAGAAAUAAAGUGCACCCUUCCAAGAUUCCAAGAAAGUAAUCUGGUCAAGAAUCCCAACCAGCGUGUUUUCAAAGUUAAUGAGGAAGUAUCAUUGUCCUGUCACAAAGACUUAUUUUUAAAUGGAGCAAAUCGUAUCCGUUGUACUUCUGAUGGCUGGGUUCCAACUUUACCAGUUUGUCAAAAGGAUACUCCUAAACCACAUGAAGUUGAUGAACAGCCUGGAAAAGUCUGUACUAUUCCAAAUAUAAAUAAUCUCAUAAGAAGUCCUCAUGAUACCAGUUAUGUGGUUGGCAAGGAAGUUCAAUUCUCUUGUCACGACAACUUUCAAAGAAUUGGAAAUAGAACAAGUAUUUGCACCCAAGAUGGGUGGAAACCGGAUCUGCCAACUUGUCAAGCUGAAAAUCCUGAGCCUACACAACCUUCUACUGAAAGUGCAACUCAAGAGAAAAGACAAAAAUGUCCACCAGCGCACAGCCCAUUCAAUGCUGAGAUCAAAAAUCCAAAGGCUGAGUAUUAUAGCGGUGACUCAGUAGAAAUUGAGUGUUCACCUCAGUAUAUUCUUAAUGGUGAUCGUAUAAUCCUUUGUAAGGAUGGAAAAUGGCAAUCUUCUCCUCAGUGCAUUCCUUUACAAAAGUGUCCCAAGCCACCGAUUAUAAAAGAUGGGGAGAUUACUGAAGUGACAAGAAAGAGUGAAUAUUUCACGGAUGACAUUGUGAAGUACAGUUGUAACCCUGGUUUCCACAUCACUGGGUCAGAUGAAAGUCGAUGCACAGAAAGGACAUGGUUGGCCGCUCCGCAAUGCACUGAGGACCCAUGUGGCCCCCCUCCAAGUGUAACCAACGCACAAGUUCUUUCCAAAAAAAAACAAUAUAAGCAUGGUGAAUAUGCACAAUAUGUGUGUGUGAAUAACUACAAAAUCACUGAAGAGAAACCAGCAACGUGUCUUGAAGGAAAAUGGUGGCAUGUCCCUACUUGUGUUUAUAUCUCGUGUUCACCACCACCUGAAAUUGAAAAUGGAGUGCUUACCGGUAAUAAAAAGAAUCAAUAUGCAUCUGGUGAUAAAGUGCGAUAUAGAUGCAACAAUGGAUAUGCUUUUGAGAAAAAAACAAAUGAUAAAUCUGAAGCAAUUUGUGAAGAGACACAAUGGAAAUCUAUACCUGUUUGUCGAAAAAUAGGAGAGCCCUGCGGCCCAGCCCCUGUUGUACAAUAUGGAGACUAUUUAGGACCGAAACAAAAUAAUUAUAAAUCAGGAUAUACUAUGCAGUAUAAGUGUCCAAAUUUUUAUAAAAAUGAAGGAGAAACAGUGGUUAGAUGUGAGAAUGGAGUAUGGGGACACCCACCAGUCUGUCUAGAGCCAAUCACUGCAAAUGCAAAAGACAUGAAAGAAAACAAUAUAGAUUUUAAAUGGAUAGCUCGCAAUAAGCUCUACAGUGAACAUGAUGAUGAGAUGGAAUUUAGGUGUAUUAAUGGCUUUGAGAUUUCUAAUAGAACACAUCUAAGAGUAAAGUGUAACAGAGGAGUGAUUUUAUAUCCUAAAUGCACCAAAAUUGGAUCUUGUUUGUUAUCACAAUCAACAAUGAAACAACAAAAUAUAUAUUUAAAUAGGAGUAGUGAAAUAUCUAAUGGGGAAACAGUUACUUUUGAGUGCUAUGAAAAAAUGGUGCCUGAAAAUUUUCUGCAAGCAACUUGCAUGAAUGGAAAGUUAGAUUACCCAAAAUGUUUAUUUGCAGAAAAAUGCAAGUCGGCUCCUGAAGUUCAAAAUGGAAAACUUAAAGGUGAACAAAACCAAGGUGGCUAUGAUUCAGGCUCCACUGUGGAAUUUGAAUGUGAUCCUCAACAUGUGCUCUCUGGGCCUAUAAGUGUUAAAUGUGAAAGAGGUCAGUGGUCUGAUCUUCCGCAGUGUCUUAAGCCAUGCAAAAUUUCCACAAAAUACCUCAAUGCUAGAAAUGUUGAAUUGAUAUCACCGGAAGAUGAGCACAUUUAUGAAAAUGGUGAUGAAGUAGAUUUUAAGUGCAAAACUGGUUUUAAAAAUAUAAAUUCGGGAAAUCCCUUAAAGGGAGAAUGCAAUGAUGGCAAAAUGAAGUAUCCAAAAUGUUUUCAAGGAUCAACCUGUCGUUUAAGUCAAGAGAUACUUGAUGAAAAAAAUUUGGAACUGCAUACUAACGAAAAUUAUGAUGUUUAUUAUGGAAAUGGAGAAACCAUUACAUUCAAAUGUAAGAUAGGGUUUCACAGCACAUCUGAACUGACUGGAAAAUGUGAGAAUCGGAUUCUGACAUAUCCAUCCUGCACAUUCAGGGAAUCUUCAGUAUAAAUUGCUGGCAGCAAAUGGAAAGACAAUGCAGACAAGACAACAUAGAGAUUUCCAUACGUUUGCAAGU